AUGUACUCCGCCUACGAUCCGCCCUCGUCGCGGUCGCCCGGCUCCCAUCGCCACCAGCCGCAGACCCUUCACCGCCAACCCUCCCGCCAGUUUGACGCAUACGGCCAGCUGCCGCCAGGCGGUCUGUACACGGCAGAGGACCACGCCCAAGGCUACCAGCACCAGCCGCGCAACUACGACCGCCUGAAUGCGACCGUCCACUCUCCCUACAACUACGACCUGGGCGCAGGGGGCUGGAACGCAAAUCCCUUCGGUCAGAACACCAUCGGCUCGCUCGGCGGUGCUGCUACCUCCCGCAUAAAGCAGCAGGGCCGCGGCGGCGGGCGCAGUGCUCUGCCAGCUGGAUGGCUUGACCAGCCCCAGGGUCUUCCAACUUUCGCGCUAGGUGGCUUGGGCAAUGGUCACCCAAAUUCUUUGCUGAACCCUGCCAUGCAGCAAAACCAGUUCUCGCAGGACGUCGACGAGGAACUCAUUCCUACUGCCAUCGUAAUUAAGAACAUCCCCUUCGCCGUGAAGAAGGAACAGCUCGUCUCGCUGAUGACGGAGCUUCGUCUUCCCCUGCCGUAUGCCUUCAACUACCACUUCGACAACGGCGUCUUCAGGGGUUUGGCCUUCGCCAAUUUCACAACUGCAGAAGAGACGGCCCAGGUCAUCGAAGCUAUGAAUCACUUCGAGCUCCAUGGUAGGAAGCUCCGCGUCGAGUACAAGAAGAUGCUGCCGCUAGCGGAACGGGAACGGAUCGAACGUGAGAAGCGUGAGCGUAGAGGCCAACUGGAGGAGCAGCACCGUCCCAUGGGUGGAUCCCUGCAGACGCAACAAUCAUACAGCUCCUUAGCUUCUCACAUCCCGGCGACCUCUCCCUCCCCUGUGUCAGGGCUCCGCCAGCAAAAGCCUGGUAUGUGGCAGCGCGACCUAGGAGGAGGACCGUCCCCGACUAAUCCCUCGGCGGAAGUGGACCUGAACGAUCCCCAGGUGCUGCAGUUCUACUCCCAGCUGCUUCUCUUCAAAGAGUCACCGGAAAGGGACAGCAUGACCUUCCCAUCCACCUUGUCUCCGCCUCAACGACGCAUUGUCCACACCCUGGCCCAUCAACUUGGCCUUGCUCAUAUCUCUAAAGGCGAUAGUGGGCAGCGCCAAUUGCACAUCUUCAAGGUUCACGAUAGCCAAGGCCUCAGCCCGCCUAUGCCGCAGAUGUCAACGAGCCACGCCACGGAACAACCGCGCCGUGGCCUUAACCGUGCCGCAACCACGGACUUCAGUGAUGUUCGUGCCUCGGAAGGUUUCUAUAGUGCUUUUGGAAGGCAAGCAUCCGGUUUGCUCGGGUUCCCUGAUUCUCCUGGUGGUCUUGCAGCUGCACCUAAUUUGCGCGCUGCCAAGUCAUAUGCCGAUCUCCGCUCGUACACUCCUUCGCCAGCGCCAUCCACAGCUAGCCAUCCAAUCGGUCGCCUUGGAGGCCCUACGCUGGAAGGUUUGUCCUUCACUGGCUCUUCCACGAACCCGAACGGAACGCCGACGACAGCGUCCAUGUCGCAACGAGAUGAUGGCCUGCUCGAGCGUGAGCUUGGUCGCAUGCAGAUUGGAUCAGGCUUCGGCCAAGGCGGUAGCCCGCGUUCGCUUCGACAGAUGACAUCCUGGGACAACCCUGGUCCCAUUGGCGGCCAUCGUACCUUUGGUGGUGGUAAUUACGACGACCGUCCCUCAAGGCAGCCUCGUGGCCCUGUACCAGAGCGUGGCAGUGGGUUCAGCCGCCCCAGACAGAACGGCCACCAAGGUCGUGGCAGCGACGAACUUUCCUCGCAGUCCAACGUCGAGAUCCUCGUUGGGCAGUGA